AUGCUGACAAACUAUAACACAUCCCUUGUCUAUAUCUAUGGGUAUCGUCACGAGGUCGACAGUCGGAUAAAUAACUCCAUCAUAUCUUUCUCUCUCAACCCCACCUUUCUUUCACAUCCUCCACGGCAGAACUCAACAAACCCAUUCCAAGAAAUAUCAGUAUGCUUGAGUUUUCUUGUAACACCUAUUCUGGAUAAGUACUAUUCCUCCUUGAGCAAGAAUACGUUUGACAUUAACUAUCAAGGGGGGGGGGGGCGAGAGAGAUCUAGUGCUUCGGAACAAUACAAGUUUUUGGUUCCAAGAAAAUUGUUCCUUGUUGGAUGUUUUCUCUUUUUUCUUGAUAAUGCAAAUCGUAUGGAAAUGGAAAUAUGA